AUAAUUGAUGAAGCUAUAAAUCAAUAUGAAUGUGAUUAUUGCUGAAUAAAAUAUUGAUGAAGUUUUGCGCAAGUUUUCAUUUUGGCGCCAGACUAUCUGGCUCCUCUGUUCUCCACUUUUGCGUUGAAAUAUUCGAUCAGUUUGAAUCCAAAUUUUAUCAUCUAAAUACCAAAUGAUAAAAAGGUUGACUUUACUAUUCUAUCUUAUUUUUUUCUUCGUCAACGAAACAAACUGUGAGAAUAAUAAUAUCAAAAUUGUAAACGGUAGUGAACUUAAUAUUCACAAUGAAAAGGAAACGCAAAGGAAUGGGACCAGAAGUGCAUAUAACAAUAACACAAAUAUCGUUGCCGGUAGAUUCAAACGAGCGAAUUAUGAAAACUAUACUGAAAAAGUUGUCCAAAUGGGAGAUGAGGCUCGUUUUCCUUGUUAUAUCGAGAAGGAAAACUUAACGGUAUUAUGGAUCAAAAUAGAUAAGACCACCAAUGAAGAGCACAAUAUCACAGUGAACUAUACUACAGUCCAUAUGGACAAGCGAUUCAAUCAAACAAAACAACAGGGAUCGAAGGUAAAUAAAAAAAUAAAUGUAGUGAAUUUCAGCAGAUAUCUAGAAUUUAUUUGCAAAUUAUUAUUGAAUUGGGAACUUUCAAUAAAAUAUACACAAAAAAGUGAUGAAGGAUUGUACCUUUGUAAAGCAACGACGAAACCUGUAACUAAAAUAUACGUCGAACUAAUAUUAAUUGAAGCCAUAGCCAGAAUACUGGACACCGACGAGAAGGAGACUGGCAUGAUAAAGGUGAAAUUAUUUUCACCAUUAAGACUGAGUUGUGUUCUUUACAAUUCAAUCAGUCCUCCAUGCUAUAUAUUUUGGUACCAUUAUGACACAAUGAUUAAUUACGAUUUGGAUGACAAUGCUUCUGUUCGUCGUGGACGACAAGGGAGCGAGCUAAUAUUUCCCAAAACAGAGGCGAGACACCAAGGAAAUUAUUCAUGUGUCCCAUCAAAUGCCAGACAAGCUAGCAUCGUAGUAGACGUUCAUGGUGAAAUAAAAAAAGCAGCCAAUGGUAGGAUGCCAAUGACUUCCAAGGAAAUGAUCUCAGUAACUUUACCUCUCAUAUUUAUUUUGUCUAUUUUAAUGUGAUAAUUAAACUAUCAUUUCUGCAAAAAGCACAUGAUAAUAUUCAUUGUUUAUAGUAGGAACAUGUAAAGUAUAUAUACACUAAUAAUAAAACUUGAAUAAUUGAAGUGUUUAUUGGUAUUAAUUACAAGAAUUAAAAAUU